AUGUUUCGAGCCGGUCUCCCCUCUCCGCACAUCCUGCAAGCCGCCUCCAUCGCCCAUCUACCUCGUUCCGCCUAUUCCCUCUUCCCGAGCCAGAUCGCGCAGCCUCGACGGAACUUUAUCCCAUCCCGCCGCGCCCUUUCCACCGCCCCCUCUCAUACUCACCUGGAUCCAGCCGCCAUCGCAUCGCGCCUGAGCAGCAUGGCUUCAACCUCAUCCAGCCCGGCCCCGCAGCCGACGCUCUUCAUCGACGGCAAGUGGGUGCACUCGAGCACGGGCCACACGCGCGACAUCAUCAAUCCCUACGACGCCUCGGUCAUCACGACCAUCGACGAGGCGGGCGCCGACGACGCCCUCGCCGCCGUCACGUCGGCGCGGCGCUUCUUUGACACCUCGGACUGGGCACGUCGCACGUGCGCCUCGCGCAGCCCCAUCAUCUCGCGCGUCGCCGACCUGCUGCAGCGCGACAAGGAGCUCAUUGCCGAGAUCGAGACGCGCGACACGGGCAAGACGCUCGAAGAGAGCCGCAUCGACGUCGACGACGUCACGGCCGUCUUCCGCUUCUACGCCGAGGAGGCCAAGAAGCUCGACGUGCCCAAGAAGAUCGAGGGCGAGGGCUUGAUCCCCAAGUCGGUCCGUAGCCGCACCGUCCACACGCCCGUCGGCGUGUGCGUCCUGAUCGCGCCGUGGAACUACCCGCUCCUCCAGAUCUGCUGGAAGGUGGCCCCCGCGCUCGCCACGGGCAACGCCGUCAUCAUCAAGCCGUCCGAGGUGACGCCCCUCUCGACGGUCCACUUUGUCCGGCUGCUCGCCGAGGCGGGCGCGCCCACGGGAUCCGUCCAGCUGCUGACGGCCGGAGGCGCCUCGGUAGGCCCCACGCUCACCGAGCACCGCGACGUCGACCUCGUCUCGUUCACCGGCGGCCUCGACACGGGGCGCCGGAUCAUCCAGAGCUGCGCGGGCACCGUCAAGCGGUGCACCGUCGAGCUGGGAGGCAAGAACCCCAACGUCGUCUUCGCCGACUGCGACCUCGACUGGGCGGUGGACCAGGUGGCCACCGCCGUCUUCCUGCACUCGGGCCAGGUGUGCAGCUCGGGCGCGCGCCUGAUUGUCGAGGAGUCGAUCGCCGACCGGCUCGUGGCGGGCGUUGUGGAAAAGGCCAAGCGGAUCCGCAUGGGCAACGGCCUCGACCCUCGCUCCGAGACGGGCCCGCUCGUCUCUGCGGCGCACCUGGCAAAGGUUGAGGCGUACGUCGAGCUGGGCAAGCGCGAAGGCGCCAAGCUCCUGGUCGGCGGUGCGCGUCCGGAUCCCAAGGUGCACCCGGAGCUGUCCAAGGGCUUCUUUUUCUGCCCGACAGUGUUUGACGGAUGCGACCGGAGCAUGCGGAUCGUGCAGGAGGAGACGUUCGGGCCCAUCCUGACCGUCGAGCGUUUCCCGGACGGCGACGAGGAGCGCGCCGUGAUGCUGGCCAACGACACAAAGUACGGCCUGGCGGGCGGCGUGCAGAGCGGCGACCGCGCCAAGGCCGAGCGCGUCGCCUCGCGCCUCCGCCACGGAACCGUCUGGGUCAACACGUACGGCAGCUACUCGCCGCUGGCCGAGUGGGGCGGUUACGGCCUCAGCGGCAACGGGCGCGAGCUCGGGUCAAAGGGCCUCGACGAGUACGUCGAGACGCGCCACGAGUGGGUCGAGACGGAGCCCACUAAGCCCGGCUGGUUCAAGGGCGAGGGCGCCGUGCUGCGACCCAAGCUCUAG